AUGACCGACAACCCGUCAACGGCUGUCGCGCCGGCCAACAACCGCAAAGAAAGCCAAAGGGUUGUUGAGGCACAGAAAACCUACGGACGAGGCAAACCUAUACAUACGCAGAGUGUGAAGGACAAGAAACUGCGCUCCAACCUCAAGGCGGUUGAGGCCAAGUAUAGAGCGGCUGCACUCAGAUCGAAGGAUGCGGAAAUUCUGCUAGAGCACGAGGCCGGUUUUCUCAAGCCCGAGGGAGAGCUAGAAAAAACAUACAAGGUUCGACAGGAUGAAAUCCAAGCGAAUGUUGGCAUCGAGACGGCCAAAAAAGGGUUUGAGCUGAAGCUGGAAGAACUGGGUCCGUACCGAGCAGACUACACAAGAAACGGACGUGAACUACUACUAGCUGGGAGAAAGGGGCAUGUUGCGACGAUGGAUUGGCGGUCGGGGAGAUUGGGGUGUGAGCUCCAACUGGGAGAAACAGUUCGCGAUGCCCGGUGGUUGCACAAUAACCAGUAUUUUGCUGUGGCCCAGAAGAAAUACGUCUAUAUCUACGAUCAUGCAGGAACAGAAUUGCACUGUCUCAGCAAACAUCUGGAGCCACUUAACCUUGAAUUUCUUCCGUACCACUUUCUUCUCGCUAGUACUCAAAUGAGUGGCCAUCUCAAAUACACUGACACGUCCACCGGCAAGAUGAUCGCCGAAUUACCGACCCGAAUGGGCGCUCCGACGUCACUCUGCCAGAAUCCUUGGAACGCCAUCCUUCAUGUCGGUCACCAAAACGGAACUGUGACUCUGUGGUCUCCCAACUCGCAGACAGCGCUAGUGAAGGCACUCGUACAUCGAGGCCCGGUUCGGUCGAUGGCAGUAGAUAGGCAAGGCCGGUACAUGGUGUCGACGGGCCAGGAUCUCAAGAUGAAUGUGUGGGAUAUCCGAAUGUUCCGCGAGGUUCAUUCGUACUCAUGCUAUCAGCCUGGUUCCUCGAUUGCGAUCAGUGACCGAGGCCUCACGGCUGUCGGCUGGGGCACUCAGGUUAGUGUCUGGCGUGGUCUAUUCGACGCUGCGGUCGCCGACCAAGGCAAGGUACAGAGCCCUUACAUGGCCUGGGGCGGAGAUGGGCAGCGUAUCGAGAACGUGCGCUGGUGCCCGUUGGAGGAUGUGUUAGGUGUGACGCACGACAAGGGAUUCGCUAGUAUUAUUGUUCCUGGCGCGGGCGAAGCCAACUUUGAUGCUCUGGAGGUCAACCCAUACGAAAACUCGAGACAGCGCCAGGAGGCCGAGGUACAGGCUCUCCUGACUAAGUUGCAACCAGACAUGAUAUCCCUGGAUCCCAACUUGGUUGGCAAGCUAGAUACCAUCAGAGACCAGAAAAGCCGCGAGGAACGCGACCUGGACCGCAGGCCCGAAGACCCCAUCGAGAAACUCAAGAACCGCGGCCGUGGCCGGAACAGUGCCUUGCGGAAGUACCUGCGCAAGAAGGGACGCCGGAAUGUCAUCGAUGACAAGCGAGUCAGAGCCGAAAUGCUUCGCAAGGAACAUGCUUCGCGCGCAAAGGAGAAGCUGCGUGCCGAGCAAGAGGAACUGGGCCCUGCAUUGGCACGUUUCGCCAAGAAAGAGAUGUGA